AUGAUCUCCGACGGCUCCCUCUACAGUCUAGCUGUCUUCCUCGGCGCAGCUUCCAUGCUCCUCAUCGUUCUCUACCAUUUCCUCGAAAUCAAUUCCGACGAACAUGAACAGAAGAUCUCUCCCGUGACCGGAGCACCCAAAACAGGACCUCUCAAAGACAACGUUGGACCGGGACAGAUCAAUGCGAGAGGGUGA